UCAUUUACUAUCUUACCCCUUCCUCAUCUUCCUGUAUAAAACCUCACUCGUAACUGAUUCUCGCAUAUUACGCAACCGUCUCAACAAACUCUCUUCACUUUCUCUCUCUAAAACAAGCAAACACUCUCUCUCUACUGCUUCAACAAUGGCGGUGGCUUUUCCUUCUUCAAGAACCGAAACCUCAUCGCUUUCCUACUCCUCAGCCUUCGCCUCCUCCACGGUGGCGAGUUUCUCUCCCCGCGCGUCCCCUCUCAUGUCGACAAAUUCCACCUCCGCCGCCGUCAUCGCGAACGUGAGACUGCGCGAUCAUCGCUCUUUGCCUCCUACUCCGCCGUCACCUCCUUCCUCCGUGAAACUCUCCGUGGAGCGGCGACCACCGGUUUCACCCGGGCGGCGAUCAAUGAGAAACAACAACAAUGCGGCUGUGGUGUCGUCGUCGGUGAAGGAGGAGAAGAGGACGCCGGCGUGCAUGUGUUCUCCGACGUCGCACGCUGGCUCGUUCCGAUGCGCGUACCACAAGCGGCUAGCGGAGCAGAAGGAGCAACAGCGACUGCAGGAACAAGAGCAACAGCGGCAGCAUACGGCGUCGUUGAGGAGCAGAAAGCUGCACCUUCGAAGAUCGGCGAUGAAGAAUUCUCUGGUGCGGAUCGGGUGUCUGGAGGGCGCUGAACUAGUGAAGAGAGGUUUGACGAAUAUUGUUCGGUCGGCGUCGCACCAGAUUCGCCGGCGGGAAGCUUUUGAGCCGAGACCUAGCCGGCUCUCCGUCAUGUCCAAAGCCCAAUAGUCAUGAAUUCAUAUUUCCAUUUUAAUCUUUUUUCUUUCUUUCUUGCGAGUGUGAAACUCUCUCUCUCUCUCUCUCUAUCUCUCAACUGUGUGAAACUCUCCCUCUCUCUUUUUAGCGGGAAAUUCAAUAUUUGUAAAUUUCUGUGUAUAAUCGUCUUCUUCCUUGAUAGUUGAUAUUUAUUCUUC